CAAAAUUCCACACCUUUAGCAAAAAAAUCUUGCAUUUUCCAGCUUAGCUUCUUCAAAGCUAUGGGAACCAGAGGAGUUAUUGGAGAAAAGUGGUCUAUGAGGAUUCUCUGGGUUUGUGCUAUUGGAAGUGCAAUCGGCCUGUAUAUGGUUGCUGUGGAAAGACAAAAACAGAACAGAGACAAAAUGAUGGCUGAAAGUUUAAAGGACAUUGAAUCAGAAGGAAGCGGCGAGCAAGUUUGAAUGUUGACAUGCUUAGAUGUUCAUAAAUUACUUUGUAACACAAACUUGUUAAAGAGCUUCCGCAACAUUUUCUAUGGGGUUAUCCCUUUUGUGUAGAAGGUUUCUGAUGUUUGGAAUGGAGGGAUUCUUUCUCCUAUGGUAAUAA